CUCCCUCUAACGUAUCGCUGAACGAUCCCGCCGCCUUUAACCCCUCUGUCUCCCUCUCCACCUUCUUUCACUUUCACGCCGUGACUGACUUAAUUUACAAUCUGUUCCUGGCUGAGAUUCUGAUCGCCGAUUCCUUCCAACUCUCUCCAGGGCGCGUCUCCUGGUCCGGUCCACUUGUGAGAUAACUAUUGAUAGGUGAAACGAAUCCCCGACACCCAUACCCUUGCAGGGACAGGGUAUUGGUCUGCAGUUGGGUAUGAUCCCAGCCGGGACAGAUUGACCGCAGCUCCCUUUCCGCGCACUGACUGGACUUCCCACGAAAUUGACUCAACUCUCUUCCAAUUCUUCAAUCAAUCCAACCUUCCGAGCUACCGAGAACUAUCUGAGGUCUCCAAGCCGAGCGAGGGGGUUCUGAAUUAUCCUUAACCACGUUCCCACCUUCUCUGGAAGAUCCUAGAAGAUUUCCCCCCCAUCCCCUUUCCCUUGUGAAGACUCCUAACUCUUCAGCGCCUUGUCUAUCUUGUCCGGCACCUGGUUCCUCAGAUCUCCAAGCUUCUCCACGUCGGUUCCAUGUUGACCCAGAUCUGCCUUCCUUCCAAUGAGAACAUCCUCCGAACUCUUCUCCAGAUCUCAGCUCAACGCGCCGCCAACACCUCGACUCCUCGGAGCUGAAGACUACCUCCGCCUCGGGGGUGCCAGGUCCCGGGAGCGUCUCUCCAUCUCUUGCCCGGGACGGUGCGAAGACAGCUCAUCUCCCAGCCCACGCCCCUCAUCACCCACACUCUCCGCCGAGAACCGCGUCUGAUCGGGCCGAGUGGAGGCGACUGUCAAGAGGCUGGUCCUGAGCUCAACAGCGCCGUGAACCAGAGAAUGGAGCCGGUGUCCCGGGGACAACUCGCUCUCUUCUUUUUGCUGCUCUGCCCUGCCAACAUCAUUAGCCUCUGGUGGGCAGUGGGAAGCCCCUUGGUGAUGGACCCCAACAGUAUCUGUCGUAAGACCAAGCGUUUGGCAGGCAAGCAAGCUGAGCUGUGCCAGACCGAGCCCGAGAUCGUGAACGAGGCGGCAAAGGGAGCCAGGCUGGGGGUGAGAGAAUGCCAGUACCAAUUCCGGAGCCGGAGGUGGAACUGUACAAUCCACAAUAAAUACUUUGGAAAGAUCCUCCAGCAAGAUAUCCGAGAGACGGCCUUUGUGUAUGCCAUUACCUCGGCCGGAGUGACCCACGCCGUCACCCAGGCCUGCAGCAUGGGCGAACUGCUGCAGUGCGGGUGUGACCGUUCCAGGACCCGGUCCCCACCCAUACCCACUGCCGGGACUGGCACCGAGGGCACGGCCUGGGAGUGGGGUGGCUGCGGGGAUGACGUGGACUUCGGCUACGAGAAGUCCAAGCAGUUCAUGGAUGCGAGGAGGAAGAAGGGCAAGAGCGACAUCCGGACGUUGGUCGACCUACACAACAAUGAAGCCGGGCGUCUGGCUGUGAAGAAUUACCUGAGAACUGAAUGCAAAUGUCAUGGGCUGUCUGGCUCCUGCAAUCUGAGAACCUGCUGGAAAAAGAUGCCCAGUCUCCGGGAGGUUGGCAACAGGCUACUCGACCGCUUCAACGGAGCCUUUAAGGUGAUGGGGGGCAAUGACGGAAAGACCCUCAUCCCAGUGGGGCAGAACAUCAAGACCCCCGACAAGCUCGAUCUGGUCUACUCCGCCAACUCGCCUGACUUCUGCCUGCCCAACCGCAAGACGGGCUCCCCAGGCACCAGGGGAAGAGCAUGCAACAGCACAGCGCUGGACUUGAGUGGCUGUGACCUGCUAUGCUGCGGGAGGGGCUAUAGGGACCAGACCGUGGUCCUGGAGGAGAACUGCCUGUGCCGCUUCCACUGGUGCUGCGUGGUACAAUGCAAGAAAUGCACCGUCCACAACCAACUCAGCCUGUGUUUGUGACCAGGGAUUGGGGUGGAGUUAGGGGGGGGGGGCAGGGUGGGUGUCACAGGGAGCUGAAAGGGCCGACGGAUGGAGGGAGCGAGUGAGUGCGGAUGGGAGGAGCAACCUCGCCGAAUCUGCCCGUGCCCCCUCCUCGGAGUCGCCACGGUGCAGACGGAGGCCGUUUGGCCCAUCGGCUCUCCUGGCCCCAUGCAUUCCUGCCAUCAGGCACUCAACACAUCCAUCCUUGUGGGCCAAUCCAAAAUCAGUGGACUCUUCCUCUUCCCAAAUGGGUGACUCUUGACACCCCAGUGUCCCUGCCCCCAUAUUCCACAAUUCUUACCAUAAGCAAAAGUGUUUAAAGGAAGUUAAUUAAAGUCUUUUUUGAUUGCCAUGGUGAUUUUUUUUUCUUCCUCCCCUGAGAUUUUACUCCCAGUUAUUCCCUGGAGUCAAUUCUCCAAUACAGGCCAUCCCGGGUAAUGAACAGGUUCCGUUUUCACGAUCGAUUUUG